AUGGCGUUCAAGGUCACUGCCUCACCAAAAUCGCGCCAACUGCUUCUGAAAGAACGCACCUAUUCGGCCCACAACUACACUCCCGUCCCGAUCGUCUUUGAUUCUGCCUCUGGCAUCCACGUCACCGACGUCGACGGGAACGAGUACCUGGACUUUGGAAGCGCGUACUCGGCCAUCAACACCGGCCACAACCACCCGAAAAUACUGGAGGCCGUCAAGGCCCAGUACGAAAAAUGCGCGCUGGUCGGGCGCGGCUUUACACACUCGCUGUAUUCCGAGUUCUGUGAGGAAGUGUGCAAGGCUUUUGGCUUCGAACGCGUGCUCACGCUAAAUGGGGGUGGGGAGGCUGUUGAGUUUGCGAUCAAGCUGUGCCGUGCAUGGGGCUACGUGAGAAAGAAGAUUCCUCAAGACGAGGCCAAGGUGAUGAUGGUGGCCAGAAACUACCACGGCAGACCGCUGGGAGUGACCUCCGGCUCCACCAACCCGGCUGCGCGCGUCAACUACGGGCCGUUCGUCCCCAAGAUUGGCCCCGCGUACGGCAACGGGAAACUGCUACCGUUCAACGAUCUGGAAGCACUCGAAGAGUGUUUCGAGCUGGAGGGAGAGAGAAUUGCAGGAAUAAUUAUCGAAAGCGUCCAGGGCGAGGCCGGAGUCUUCCCGCCAAGUCCAGGCUAUUUGGACGGCGUGAGGGCACUAUGCGAUAAGUACAACGUUCUGUGGUGUGCCGACGAGGUGCAGAUGGGGUCGUAUCGCUGCGGGCCCAAACGGUGGGGGUACGAAAACACGAGCAACUCAAAGCCAGACGUGCUCAUCACCGCGAAGUCCAUCUCCGGCGGCCUGUACCCGUGCUCUGUCGUGUGCAGCUCCAGCGAGAUCAUGGACUCGAUUGCUCCCAACUCGCACGGAGCCACCUUCAGCGGCUCGCCCAUUGCGUGCGCCGCCACGCUGGCGGCGCUCAAAGUGUACGAGGAGGAGGAUCUCGGGGCGAACGUCGCCGAGCAGGGCCCCCACAUGCUGGCCGAGCUCGCCAGACUCAGCUGCAUGUACGACCUCAUCGAGCAGGUGCGAGGUGUAGGUCUGAUUGCGGGUGUCGACGUAAGCGUGGAGCUGCUCGCGCACAACGGCAUGUCCAUCUGGCACGUGUGUAUGUUCAUGCGCGCCAUGGGCAUUGCGUGCAAGCAGGUUCACGACAAGACAGUCCGGUUCUGUCCGCCGCUUGCGGUUACCCGAGAUCAAAUCGACGCAAUGAUCUCGUCGCUUGAACUAUGCUGCCAGACGCUGCUCAAGCUACAGCCCCAGGACAUCCCUGGAGUCAGCGACUUUCAUUUUCUAGCACACUAG